ACUUUUUCAAAAGUUUCUGGAAGUGCUCGAAGAGGCAGCCGCGUCCGAGCUGCAGAGGGAAAUACGGAGUUGGACUAUCACACAAAACAUUUUAGGUUUCUACGAAAAAACACUCUAUGACGCUGCCUUGUCUUACUGUGAUUCCUUGGAACUUCAGUCUUUGUGUCAUUUUUUAAAGGAUGUAUAAUUGCUAAUACUUCAAGAGCGGAGUUGGAUCAGAUUUCCACAGAAAUGGGGGAUUACACUAUUUGGAUAUUCUUGUCAAUUUUAUAUAUUGUGCAGAACUGUGAAGGACUGCGAUGCGCGGACAGACCUUGUGAACACGGCGGAAUAUGCACAGACUCAAGAUGCAUGUGCCGGCCCGGCUAUAUCGGACCGCUGUGUCAGCACCUGGACCCGUGCCACCGCUCACCGUGUUUCAACGGAGCUGCCUGCAAGAGUCAGGUGGCCAAUGGCGUCCCACAAUUCACCUGUGUGUGUCAGAGAGGCUUCAGAGGUCAGGACUGCUCCCUGAUUGACGCGUGUGCCACAAGUCCAUGUGCCAACGGCGCCCGCUGCACCAACUGGAACAACCACUACAACUGCUCAUGCCCUCCGGGCUUCCAGGGCAAGAACUGCCGCAGUGACGUGGACGAGUGCCGGCGGGCGGGCAAGUGCCUGAACGCUGGCAUCUGCAUCAACACGCCCGGCUCCUUCCGCUGUGAUUGCCCGGCCGGCUACAGUGGGCGCACCUGUGAGGUGCCCACGCUGCCUUGCGCCCCCUCACAGUGCCUCAACGGAGGCACGUGCCACCAGACGGGCGAGCACACGUACGACUGCGCCUGUUUGCCAGGCUUCAGUGGGAUCAACUGCGAGGUGAACCUGGACGACUGUCCCGGCCAUAAAUGCAUGAACGGAGGGACCUGCGUGGACGGGGUCAACACCUACAACUGCCAGUGUCCCCCUGAGUGGACAGGUCAGUACUGCGCAGAGGAUGUGAACGAGUGCCUCAUGCAGCCCAACGCCUGCCACAACGGUGGGACGUGCUUCAACACCAUCGGCGGUCACACGUGUGUGUGCGUGAACGGCUGGACGGGCGACGACUGCAGCGAGAACAUCGAUGACUGUGCCACGGCCGUGUGCUUCAACGGCGCCAGCUGCCACGACCGCGUUGCCUCCUUCUUCUGCGAGUGCCCCGUGGGCAAGACCGGUCUGCUGUGUCACCUGGACGACGCAUGCGUCAGCAACCCCUGCAACGAGGGCGCCGUGUGCGACACCAACCCGCUGAACGGCAGGGCAAUCUGCACGUGUCCCGCCGGCUUCAUAGGCGGAGCCUGCAACCAGGACAUGGACGAGUGCUCUAUCGGUGCUAACCCAUGCGAACACUUUGGGAAGUGUGUGAACACAGAGGGCUCGUUCCAGUGCCAGUGCGGCCGUGGGUACACGGGACCGCGCUGCGAGAUCGACAUCAAUGAGUGCCUGUCCAUGCCGUGUCAGAACGAUGCCACCUGCCUGGACCGCAUCGGCGAGUUCACCUGCAUCUGCAUGCCAGGAUACACAGGUACACACUGCGAGGCGGACAUGGACGAGUGCGAGAGCAACCCCUGCGUGAACGAUGGCAUCUGUAGGGACCUGGUCAACGCCUUCACCUGCACCUGCCAGCCAGGCUUUACAGGCAGCAUGUGCCAGAUCGACAUUGACGAGUGUGCCAGCACGCCCUGCCAAAACGGAGCCAAGUGCAUCGACCGACCCAAUGGCUACGAAUGCCGAUGUGCUGAAGGUUUCGAGGGCCGCCUCUGCGAGAGCAACAUCGACAACUGCCAGCCUGACCCGUGCCACCACGGGACCUGCGUAGACGGCAUCGCCAGCUACACGUGCAACUGCGUGCCAGGCUACACAGGCUACCGUUGCGAGAACCAGCUGAACGAGUGCCAUAGCAACCCCUGCCAGAACAGCGGCAAGUGCGUGGACAUGGUCAACAGAUACCUCUGCCGGUGUCAGCAUGGCACCUCAGGCAUCAACUGUGAAAUCAACUUCGACGACUGUGCCAGCAACCCGUGCGACUACGGCAUGUGCAGGGAUGGCAUCAACCGUUACGACUGCGUGUGCAGGCCUGGCUUCACCGGCCCCCAGUGUAACGUGGAGAUGAACGAGUGUUCAUCGAGCCCGUGCCGUAAUGGCGGCACAUGCGUGGACGAGGAGAAUGGCUUCCACUGCCUGUGUCCUGCUGGCUUCCACGAACCCUACUGCUACUCGCACGUGGACGAGUGCGGCAGCAGCCCCUGCGUGCACGGCUCCUGCAGGGAGGACCCCAACGGGUACCGUUGUGACUGCGAGCCAGGCUGGAUAGGGAAGAACUGCGACAUGGACCGCAAUGACUGCCUGCCAAGCCCCUGCCAGAACGCCGGCACCUGCAUCGACCAGCUCAACGGGUUCACCUGCAAGUGCCGGCAGGGCUUCCGAGGUAACCUGUGUCAAGUCAACAUCAACGAGUGUGCGUCCAGCCCCUGCCUGAACCAGGGCACCUGUGUGGACGGCGUGGCCAGCUUCACCUGCAUGUGUGAGCCGCCCUAUAGCGGACCCACCUGCGUCGAGGUGCUCACGCCCUGCUCGCCAAACCCCUGUGCCAACCACGCCCUCUGCACCCACACGCCCGACUACCUGGACUACCAGUGUAACUGCCAGCCCGGAUGGCAGGGCCAGCUAUGUAACAUCGACGUGAACGAGUGCACGUCGAAUCCGUGCAAGAACCGCGGCACCUGCACCAACAAGCUUGGCGGCUACGUGUGCUCCUGCCGCAGCGGGUACGUGGGAACCAACUGCGAGACUGACGUCAACGACUGCAUGCCAAACCCAUGCCUAAGCGGAGGAUCCUGCACAGACGGCAUCAACACGUUCCACUGCACCUGCCUACCCGGCUUCGCGGGCCCACAGUGCGCCGUCGAGGUGAACGAGUGCCAGAGCGCCCCCUGCAGGAACGGAGGCACGUGCACCGACUACGUCAACAGCUACACCUGCACCUGCCGGCCAGGAUACACAGGCUUGCACUGUGAGACCAACAUACCAGACUGCACUGAGAGCUCCUGCUUCAACGGCGGCAGCUGCGUGGACAAGAUCAACGGCUUCGCGUGCACGUGCCGCUCGGGCUUCACAGGUGACCACUGCCAGUACGAGGUGAACCAGUGUGACUUGCAGCCCUGCCUCAACGGGGGCGUGUGCCAGGACGGCCUCAAGACGUACCGCUGCUCCUGCCCCAGGGGCUACACCGGAGACCGCUGCCAGGUACUGGUGGACUGGUGCCGCCACCCCAACCCGUGCCAGAACGGCGGCUGGUGUACGACCAAGGAUGGCUCGUUCACGUGCGACUGUGUGGGCGGCUGGUCCGGACGCUACUGUGACAUCCCAGGGGUCUCCUGUGAAGUGGCCGCAAGGCAGAGGGGCCUGCAGACCGAAAAGCUCUGUCACAACAGCGGCCACUGCGUGAACACGGGCAACACGCACUACUGCAAGUGUCCGUCUGACUACACAGGCAGUUACUGUGAGAGCCAGGUGGACCACUGCGAGGACAAUCCCUGCCUCAACGGCGCCACCUGCAGGGGCUACGUGGGAGGAUACACAUGCGACUGUAUGCCAGGGUACGAGGGCCAGAACUGCGAGCGGGAGAUCAACGAGUGCCGUUCACACCCAUGCCAGAACGGAGGCACCUGCAUCGACCUGGUGGGCCACUACAUCUGCUCCUGUCCCCCUGGCACGCUGGGGGUCCUGUGCGAGAUAAACGAGGACGACUGCGCGCUGCCGUCCAGGCCGCGCGGCGUGCCCAAGUGCCAGAACAACGGCACUUGCGUGGACCGUGUGGGCGGCUACCGUUGUAACUGCCCGCCAGGAUUCACGGGCGAACGCUGCGAGGGCGACAUCAACGAGUGCAACUCGAACCCCUGCAGCCCGGCAAACAGCCUGGACUGCAUCCAGCUGCCCAACGACUACCAGUGCGUCUGCAAGCUCGGCUUCACAGGUCGGGGCUGUCAGAACAGGUUCAGUGUGUGUGAGUCCCAGCCCUGUAAGAAUGGUGGAGCGUGCUCAGUCUCCAGUAACUCCCCGCUGGGCUACAUCUGCACCUGCCAGCUGGGUUACGUGGGGAUGAACUGCGAUCGCAGCAUGUCCUGUCGUGAGCUUUCCUGCUACAACGGCGGGAGCUGCAUGCCCACGUCUCGGGGCGCCCGCUGCGCGUGCCCACACGGCUUCGCCGGGCCGCAGUGCCAGCACCGCAGCAACGAGAGCUGCUCGUCGCGGCCGUGCCGCAAUGGCGGCGUGUGCACCGAGGAAGCCUCCUUCCCCUUCUUCAGCUGCCAGUGCGUGCCGGGCUGGCGGGGUAAGCGCUGUGAGCAGGAGGCCGGGCCCCCAGGGGCCCCGGCCCCGCCCCCCGCCUGCCCGCUGGCCGAGUGCAGCAGUAAGGCGGGCGACGGCGUGUGCGACAAGGAGUGCAACACGUUCACGUGCCGCUGGGACGCCGCUGACUGCUCGCUGGCCGUCAACCCCUGGGCUCGCUGCGCGGACCCCCGCUGCUGGCGCGUCUUCAACAACAGCCAGUGCGACGAGUCGUGCAACAAUGCAGACUGCCUGUACGACAACUUCGACUGCCGCAGCAAGGAGAGGGUCUGCAAUCCCAUCUACGAGACGUACUGCGUGGACCACUACGCGGACGGCCGCUGCGACCAGGGCUGCAACAACGAGGAGUGCGGCUGGGACGGGCUGGACUGCGCGCGGACCGUGCCCGAGCACCUGGCGGACGGUGUGCUGGUCAUCGUGGUGCUGUUGCCCCCGGACGAGCUGCUGCGCACGGGCACCGCCUUCCUGCAGAAGCUGAGCAGCAUCCUGCGAACCUCGCUGCGCUUCCGCCUUGACAAAAACGGGGACGCCAUGGUGCACCCCUACACCCGCCGCGAGGCCAGGCUGAGACGGGAGCUGCAGCCCCAGCAGGAGGUCAUCGGGUCCAUCGUCUACCUGGAGAUCGACAACCGCCUGUGCUCCCAGGACUCGGACAACUGCUUCCCCACUGCGGACAGCGCUGCCGACUAUCUGGGCGCCCUCUCCGCCCGCGAGAUGCUGCGAUUCCCCUACCCGCUGAAGGAAGUGCGCAGCGCGAAGCUGGGGGGAUCGACCUAUGUGCCCGAUUGGGCCAAGCUGCUCCUGGUGGGCGUGGCAGCGCUGUUCCUGCUGGUCAUCCUGGUGGUGGGCAUGCUGAUCGCCCGGCGCAAGCGUGAGCACAGCACGCUCUGGUUCCCCGAGGGCUUCUUCCUCAAGAAGGACACCAGCAGCAACAAGAACCGGCGCGAGCCCGUGGGGCAGGACGCACUGGGCAUGAAACACAUGCCCAAAACGGUGGAGGAGUCUUUACUGGGAGACCACAGUGACCAGUGGAUAGACACGGACUGCCCCGAGGCCAAGAGACUGAAGAUGGAGGAGCCCAGUAUCCUGUCCGACGGCGAGGAUGCCGUGGACAGCAGGCAGUGGACGCAGCACCACCUGGCAGCAGCCGACAUCCGCAUGACUCCCUCCAUGGCCCUCACUCCCCCACAGGGCGAGUUUGACAGCGACUGCAUGGACGUCAACGUGCGAGGACCAGAUGGCUUCACGCCGCUCAUGCUGGCGUCAUUCUGCGGUGGAGGCCUGGAGCCAGAGGUGGCGGAGGACGACGACUCUGAGGAGUCUUCUGCCAACAUCAUAUCGGACCUCAUUUACCAAGGUGCCUCGCUGGGAGCCCAGACAGACCGCACAGGUGAGACGGCGCUGCACCUGGCAGCUCGCUACGCCCGUGCCGACGCCGCCAAGAGGUUGCUGGAUGCCGGCGCCGACGCCAACGCGCAGGACAACACGGGACGCACACCCCUGCACGCUGCCGUGGCCGCGGACGCCCAGGGUGUCUUCCAGAUUUUGAUCAGAACGCGGGCGACGGACCUGGACGCACGCAUGCACGACGGAUCCACUGCCCUGAUCCUGGCGGCGCGGCUGGCCGUGGAGGGCAUGGUGGAGGAGCUCAUCACCUGCCACGCCGACGUCAACGCCGUGGACGAGUUGGGGAAAUCCGCACUGCACUGGGCAGCGGCUGUUAAUAACGUGGAAGCCACCAUCGCCCUUCUGAAGAACGGAGCAAAUAAAGACAUGCAAGACCUCAAGGAGGAGACGCCUCUCUUCUUGGCUGCCAGGGAGGGUAGCUGCGAGGCGGUGAAGGUGCUCCUUGCCCACUUCGCCAACAGGGAGAUCACGGACCACAUGGACCGGCUGCCGCGCGACAUCGCCCAGGAGCGCAUGCACCACGACAUCGUGCAGCUGCUGGACGAGUACAACACGGCGCGGAGCCCCCCCAGCCACACCCACGCUGCCAGCGCCCACCACCUCGCCGCCGGCCACACGCUCUCGCCGCUCAUGUGCCCGCCAGGCAGCUUCCUGCCCGCGCUGAAGACCACGCCGCAGGGCAAAAAGAGCCGUCGGCCAACCACGAAGGGCCUGGGCACCCCGCACGCCACCAGCCUGAAGGAUUCGGUGAAGGCGCGCAGCAAGAAACUGACGCUGGACAUGCAGAGCGCGCUUCUGGAGAGCUCCGUCACACUCUCGCCCGUCGACUCUCUCGACUCGCCCCGCGGGGGCGGGGGCGGGGCCGGGGGCGGAGCGAGCAACGCCGGCUACGUCACCAACCCCGCCUCUCCGGCGGCCAUGCCCUCGCCAGGCAUCUUCCACUCCUCCAUGUCGGUGCCCGGCACCCCCAUGGUGCACAGCGGCCUGCUGGACGGCACCGGCCCCUUCGCCGUGUCCCUGGCCGGCCUGAACGAGCUGACCGACGGCGGCCUCCCCAUGCAGGGCCGCAUCGCCAUGCCGCCGGGCACGGGCGGCGUGGGCCAGGCCGCGCACGGCUACGUCCUCAGUGCCAGCCAGAUGGGCCUUGGCAUGGGCCUGGUGAGCCCGGUCAGCGUGCCUUUCGACUGGCACCGCCUGCCACCCUCGUCGCAGUGCGGCCCACCCGUGGUCGGCAUGGUGCACCCGGCAAGCAGCCAGGCAGGCAUGCUCCUGCAUCAACAGCAGGUGUUCCGCAGCGCGGCCCAGCAGCCCAUGCUGCAGCCCACGCCUGUCUCGGGCGCGCCGGCACUCAGCCCCGUCAAGCUGCCCUCCAUCGCCGAGCAGCAGCAGCUCCACAGCCACGCCCUGGCCGGCAUGGGCUCGCCCACGCCCUCCACCCCACAGCCACAACCUCCUCCGCCCUUCUACCAGCAGCCCCAGCAGCAGCAGCAGCAGCAGCAGCCUCCGCCCCAGCAGGGGAACCCCCAGCCCCAGUCCCAGCAGGCCUCGCAGGCACCCGCAGCCCCGCAGGUCUCGCAGAGCCAGGCUGCGCCCUCCCAGGCUCCCCCGGCGCAGGCCGGCGCCGGCACGGGCCUGGAGGAUUACCCAACCCCGCCCUCCCAACACAGCUACACCUCCGCCAUGGAUGCCACGCCCAAGCAUUACUUGCGCCUCCCGAGCGAGCACCCCUACCUAACACCCUCUCCGGAGUCGCCGGAACCCUGGUCCAGCCCCUCCCCCCACUGCGUGUCUGACUGGUCUGACUCCACCCCCAGCCCGGCAGUCUCCGCCCCAGCCCAGACCCAGAUCCCUCAUGUUCCGGAGUCCAAUGGGAAGAUGCAAGUGUUUGCGUGAGCAGCGGGCCGUGUUCCCGGGACUUCUGCGACCUCGGCAGAGUAGAUGAGAAAUCUCACUCUAGGGCUCGUUUUACUUGUCAGCCCAUUUCCAAGAUUUUAAUUGGAUUAGGAUUGACUUGGUGUUUGUCGAGAAGACAUCUACUGGUGUUGUCCACAAAGAGUAAAGGAAAAAUUGUUGUCUUAAAAAGAAAAGACAAUUUAAUGAAGUAAGACAUUCUGUCACAAAGGACUUGUUUUUUUUAUUAUUAAAAAAAAAGUAUAUGAAGAAGAAAAACCAUGUCUUUCAUUUCAAAGGCUUGGGGAUGCUUUCCUGAAACUAACAAACUUUUAAAGAGUAGAGUAAGAGAAAAAAAGCGAAACGUUGAAGGAAGUUCCUUUCUUUUUAUUUAUUGUCUCGACGUGUUCCUCGUAAAUUGCCUUGUGGGUGUCCUGUUCCUCCACCGGUUGGCAAGUGAAACAUGCUCUCUCAACGGACCCCUCUGUGCCUGUUACACAAGGGACCUAUUCCUGCCGCACACGAUUGUUACAGCAACGGACAGAUGAGUCUCCGAUUAUCAGUGAUGGGUCAGCGGAACCCAUAUGUUUGAGUUCCAGACAGAACCAGCCGGACAUUCUCACCUCUGAGUGACAUUAUUUAUUGAGGCCAACACUAAUCAACAAAAUCGGCAUCAAAAUUCCUAGGCAUGUAUGAAUUGGCCGACAUUAGCGACACACAUUAACGUGAUGAACUAAGCCGAGCCGGUACAUUCCAUAGAAGUCCUCUGUAAUAAUGUCAAGGGGCAUCUCUGAAGCACUUCUUAGGCCAAGCGUGUUACGUGACAGCUACCACUCCAGAACAGCACCGGCGCCGACAUGGUUAUUCGGCUUGACACGGGACAUGCCAGCGCUCUGGUGUUUUUGCGUCCAUGGUAGUGUUCGGUUCUGGGUGCUGUAGGGUUGCUUUCCUAGUGCCCUCCCCUGCCGACUAAUGUCGAGGCCAUGUGACCAUUUGCUCUCUGUCCCCUCUCACCUGGCCCCCACCCUUACUCCAAGGUCAUCUGUCACCACUUAAAACUGUCACUGGCUGCUCUUCAAUUUUUCUUUUUUUUCUUUUUUUUUAGUUGUAUGAUUUUAUUUGUGUCUUUGUUUUCUUAUCAUCAUUAUGUUAUAACCAUAGUUACCUUCGGAGCGUCACUACGAUGUGCUAAGCUGUGUUUUUAUAGGCUGCUGCUGCUUUCCUCCGCCCCGCCCCCCACGGCGAUGCGUAGCUCUCUCUCGCCUGUGACCCCCCCCCGCUCCCGUUUGCGGGGUCGUGUGCCACCGCGGCCCGUCUUCCCGUCCGUCGUCUCUGCGGCGGAGCAGCCGGGAGACGGCCCGCCCAACCCUCCUCGUGCUCCGCUGCGGUCCAAGUCCCGGUCCUGCACAAGCACCAGACUAUGACAUCAGGACCUCACAGAGGUCACGCUCGGUCAUCUUCCGACAGGCAGCGCGAUGGACCUCCAGACUGCGGUUUCAUUUACGUACUCCAUUACACAUCGGUUAAUUUAUGUAUGGCCAAAAAUACAGGCCAGAAAAAGGUUUUAAAAAAAUAAAUACAUUUCCCGGGGCUGACUCCUCUUGGCAUGUUGGUGUGUAGCAUGCAUGUGAUGUGAACUCCGCCUGUCCGUGUGCAGUGGGGAGGUGUGUGUGUGUGUGUGUGUGUGUGUGUGUGUCUGGAGAGGUGGAUAACGGACUGCUAGCGCUCGGUCACUCCUCAGGGAGGUGUUAUUUAGCACGCAGCAUCGUCUGCGUCCCUAGCAGCGCCGCCCCACCCCAACCCAGCCAGGCAGGAGGAUGGCAUCUGCCCUGUGCAUUCUGAGAAAUGCAAGUGGCACAAACACUGCUAUGUAGUGCUGCCCCCUGUUGUCUGCUACAGGUACAGGCGCUUAUCUCUGCAAGAUCCCUUCCCAAGCGUAAGUUGUUUCUGGGGAGCCUGACCCACAGUAUGCAGUCCAACCCAAAUGAGGAUGCCUGUUUCACAAGACUGAGACGUUUCUGCAGUUUACUCUUGCAUUCAUCCCUCCAUAUCAAAGCAAGAAUCACUGCCUCUGCAGGAACACACACCUUCCACACAGAAGAUGAUAAGCUGAGCAAAAAGAAAUGAGUUAUUAUUGCUGGGUUUGGGAAGAUAUUUUUGUUAUGAUUUCUGUUUCCUAUAAAAAUGUGCUAACAAUAAACCAUCCUUUAAAAUUCUCUUUUAAACACCCUUCCCCUUCCAAUAGUAUCUCUCUCCCAGUAUUUCAGACAUUUUGGAAAUCCAGCAUCCUCUUGUAAAUACGAUUGUUUUGUUUAGGUUUAUUUGUGUAAGAGAAGUCUUAUGUUUCUAAAAAAAUGAUUAUGUACUAAAAAAGACAAAAUGUGUACUUUCUAUUAGCAUUAUUUUUGAAACUGAGAUUGUGACUGAUAUAUAUUGGUCUUGCAUUACUAGAUCAGCCAUAGAUAUUCUGUCUUUAUUAUUAAUUCCUAUACUUGUUUAAAAGUAGUUUAAAAGCAUUGUAUAUAAACACCUUUUCAUGUUUCUUUCUACAGACAAAAGUUGUAAAAUAAGGUUACUUCUAAUAAAACAGUAGGGAACUACA